CUAGGCUAGGCCAGCCAGGAUCAAAAAAUAUCGAGCCUGAGCCUAUCCUGAUUUCAAUUUGGGCUUAAACAUUGGGGCUGGCCUGGCUGUUGCCCCUUAAACUGCAGCCCGGGCCUUACAAAAACCCUAGGCUGGUUUUUUUCUCAGGUCUAAAGUUUAUGAGCAGGAUGGACACCCUGAUGAAUCAAAUGGGAAGUGGAAAAAGGGGGCCUCACUGAUAUGUUCCUAUUAUCUGUUAAUUCAUCUUUCUAGAUCUGUCAUUGGAUCGUGACAUCUUUAGAUAUGUCACUGAAUGAUCUGAUAAGGCGCAGUAAUGGUGAGAGAGGGAGAGGCCGAGGCCAAGGGAGGGGCCGCGGUUGGGGCCUGGGACGUGGUGGCACCUUUCGUGGAAGGUCAUCGGGGAUGCUAAGCCGAGGGCCUCUUGGAGUUAAUAUUCGGCCAUCUCCAUACACAGUUGCCAAGUCCUUCAGCAAAGCAAAAGAUAUGAUACGGAGACAUGAUCUAUUUGAUGAUAGCAUGGUAGCUGCUGGGCUUUCAGGGAUUGAAAUGGGUACAAAACUGUACAUUUCAAACCUGGAUUAUGGGGUGUCAAAUGAAGAUAUGAAGGAGCUGUUUUCAGAGGUUGGUGAGCUUAAGCGGUGUGCUGUUCAUUAUGACAGAAAUGGUCGUCCAACUGGGUCAGCAGAAGUGGUGUUUACAAGAAGAAGUGAUGCCUUGGCUGCAUUAAAACGAUAUAACAAUGUUCAGUUGGAUGGUAAAGCUAUGAAAAUAGAAGUGAUUGGAACUAAUCUAGGCUUGCCUAUCACUCCUCGAGUAAAUGUAGUUGGGGGUGCAACUGGGAGACAGAAGAGGACAGUUGUCAUGACGUCUUAUCCACUUUGUUUCCCUUUAGUUCCCAAUAUUCUGAACCUCACAACAUAUUCAACCUUAAUGACUGUACUAUUGUCACAGAACUCUGUGCCAGGAGCUGGUCUAGGUAGCUCAGGUUCAUUUAAUCGUACUUCAGGGUGGAACCGGGGAGGAUUUCAUCAAGGAAUCCGUGGCCAUGGCCGUGGCCGUGGCCGUGGUCGUGGUCGUGGCCGUGGCCGUGGCCGCGGUCGUGGGAAGAAACAAAUUGUUGAAAAGUCAGCCGAUGAACUAGACAAAGAGUUGGAUGCAUAUCAUGCUGAAGCGAUGAAUACAUCUUAAUUGUGUGAUGGCUGGUUUCCUUGUAAUGGCUGUUGCCACUGUAUUGGGUUGUGGUUAUUAUUGCCAUGUGGUCCUUCUGUUACUUGGUCACAUAUAUUUUACAUCUGUUAUAUCAGAUGUAAACGUUAGGUUUCUGAGGCAUGAAGAAGUGGAGAUUGUGUUUAUGUUUUGCUGUAACCAGACCCCGUAUGUUAGAACUCUACAGGAUGUGACCCUGACCUGUAAAAGAACUGGCUUGAGCACAAUAUAACAAUGGUUUUGUAGCUUGAGGCUAGUGUUAACAUUAAAUUAUGCCGUGGAUGGAGAAUAUUUACAACCACCGGAAGGAUAUGGGUGCAUUCUUAUUUGCA